AUGAAGGACAACUUUUUCUACUUGCGACUGACUUUACCGACAAAUUUAGUCCCGAGUUCGAACGUGACGCUUGUUUUACCCGAAACGCCGGUGUUGAGCAGCGGUGGUAGUACGACAGGUGGUGCUGGAACUACCUCGUUGAAGAAAAACUUCUACACCUGCAAAAACGUGUACCGUGUGGCGGAAGAUUUCCCUUUACUCAAUUUCACCAGACCGACCACUACCACCACAACGACCAGCCUGCUCCCAAGGGAAACCACUACCACCACGACAACCACAGUGCCGUUGGUCUCCAGUACUAGCUCUGCAUCAGACUUCGAAUUGAACCGGAGGUACCCGAGUUACAACGGGUUUUUCCGCGGGGGUAUCAAAUGCAAAAAUGUCUGGAUCUGGGAGGAUGGAACUUGUGAUGGUGCAUUUGGAAUCCAAAACAGUUUGUAUUGCUUGAGUAGCAAAGGAAGAAGUGUGAUCUUUGCUACGCGGAGAGGGCAUUUGUCAUGCGGGAUAGGCAUUAAGAACCCCUCAAAAGAUCUGUGAUGCUACGGCAUGCAUCACAGACAUCGUGGCUCGUGCAAAACUCUCAGAAUCUUCCAGACCCAGACACCUUUACGGUUGAUAGGGGGAUAUCCCACGGUCAAUUUUGACUACAAUGUAAACAACAACUGGGACUUUUCUGCCGGUGACAACCGGUGCGUGUUUCAACUGGAUACCGACGCGCGAUUUUACCAGUCGCAGCGGUUUUGGUUCUUGGUAUCGGUGGACAAUCCGGAUUACCCCUUGUCCAUUUACGACGUGGAAAACGAGUGGAAGUGGGAGUAUUCCGUUGUAGAUGAAGUAGAUGGCGGCACAAGCACUACUGGGACAGGAGCAGCGGG